AUGAUCCGCGAACUUCAGACAAUUAGCCCCCAAAUUGACGGGCAGGCCCCAUCCGAAGGAUGUAAAUGGGGCCAAAUCAAGUCUGCGAUUGGUCCCUGCGUAGACCCAUGGAUAGAAUCAAUGACCGGCUUGCGGUUCUUGAGGCUCUUUGUCAGGGACCGCGGUCGCAAAAGGCGUCUAGCCCAUGGGCUGUCCCGUGUGGGUUGGAUUAGUGAUAAUGCGGAAUUGGCUUUUGCUCAAGGCAUCCUCACGCUGAACACGUGCAGCGUGGCCGACAGUACCAAGAAGGAUAGCGCGAGUGCAGAAGGCAAGUAUAUUCAUAAGAAUGGACCGAUGGAAAGAUCAAACACACCAAACAGAUCAAACGCUCCAAAGUACGCCCAAGUAGACCGGCCAUUCACUAGGUACCUCAGCAUGUACCUUUACCUCCAGUCAUCAACCCAAUCCACAGAACCUCGUUCCCAACAGACUCACAGCAAAACUUCAAUCCCCACUAGUUCUACGCAGAGUCCACCCUCGAUCUCUUCCUCCCAAGGUCAUCCUUGGAUUCCUGGAUUCAUUCCGAAACUUCCCUUCAAAAUAACGGGAAUCUUCAGACCUUCUUCCCACCACAACGUGCUUCCCCCCAUGCUACGUUUUCACCGGGCCGCGCCCCAUGUCUCGCGCGAAUAG